UUGUUUGUGGAAGUGGAGGUCAGGCAGAGCUGUGCAGGUACUGCAGCUCCCUGUGCUGUUGUGCUGCUCAGCUCCAUGUUUGGGGAAAAGCAACUGAACUGAGGCAUGUCUUUUAAGGAACAGUCGAUAUAGAAAUCAGUCCGAAAAUCUGGAGAGAGAAUCUGGGGAAUGGUUGUCUCCUUCCAACGGUUACUGACUUGACUAAUAUACAGUUUUGAAGGUGUUGAAGCUCUGAAUUCUUGCAAGCUCUCCAUACGUAGAAAUGUCUGGCUUAUACGAUGAUUCUGUUGGAGUAGAAGUUUCUAGUGAUAGCUUCUGGGAGGUUGGAAAUUACAAGCGGACAGUGAAGAGAAUCGAUGAUGGUCACAGACUUUGCAAUGAUCUCAUGAACUGUAUUCAUGAACGUGCACGGAUAGAGAAGGUCUAUGCUCAGCAACUUACAGAAUGGGCAAAGAGAUGGAAACAGCUUGUGGAAAAAGGCCCACAGUAUGGAACAGUAGAAAGGGCUUGGUGUGCUUUUAUGUCAGAAGCUGAAAAAGUGAGUGAACUACAUCUAGAAGUAAAAGGUUCACUGAUGAAUGAAGACUUUGAAAAAAUCAAGAACUGGCAGAAGGAAGCCUUUCAUAAGCAAAUGAUGGGAGGAUUUAAGGAAACCAAAGAAGCAGAAGAUGGAUUUAGGAAAGCUCAGAAACCCUGGGCAAAAAAGCUGAAAGAGGUGGAAGCUGCAAAGAAAGCAUAUCAUGCAGCCUGUAAAGAGGAGAAACUGGCUAUAUCUAGAGAGACAAAUAGCAAAGCUGAUCCAGCAUUAAAUCCUGAACAACUCAAGAAAUUACAAGACAAAGUAGAGAGAAGCAAACAAGAUGUACUAAAGACAAAAGAAAAGUAUGAAAAAUCACUGAAAGAAUUAGAUAAUGCCACUCCUCAGUACAUGGAAAACAUGGAGCAGGUAUUUGAACAGUGUCAGCAGUUUGAGGAAAAACGCUUACGUUUCUUUCGAGAAGUGUUGCUGGAAGUUCAGAAACACCUUGACUUGUCUAAUGUUGCAAGUUACAAAAAUAUCUACCGGGAACUGGAACAGAACAUAAAAACUGCAGAUGCUGUUGAAGACUUGCGGUGGUUCAGAGCUAAUCAAGGUCCAGGGAUGUCAAUGAAUUGGCCUCAGUUUGAGGAGUGGUCUGCAGAUCUGAAUCGCACGCUCAGCAGAAGAGAAAAGAAGAAAGCUUCUGAUGGAGUGACUCUGACCGGUAUUAAUCAGACAGGAGAUCAAGCUUCACAGCCUAACAAACAUAGCAGCAGUCUUAGUGUCCAGAGUAACACAGUGCAGUCAGUACAAUCAAGUUACAAUCCCUUUGAAGAUGAAGAAGAUACUGGGAGUACUGUCAGUGAAAAGGAGGACAAUAAGAUCAAAAACGUUAGCAGCUAUGAAAAAAACCAAAGCUACCCUACAGAUUGGUCUGAUGAAGAGUCCAACAAUCCCUUUUCUUCCACUGAUGCAAAUGGAGACACCAAUCCAUUUGAUGAAGAUGCUUCUCCUGCAAUGGAGGUGAGAGUGCGUGCACUCUAUGACUACGAGGGCCAAGAACAAGAUGAACUCAGCUUUAAAGCAGGGGAUGAGUUAACUAAAAUGGAGAAUGAAGAUGAGCAGGGUUGGUGCAAAGGACGUCUGGACAACGGGCAAGUUGGUUUAUACCCAGCAAACUAUGUAGAACCAAUCCAGUGACAAAGGACAAAGUUAAUACAGAAGCAUUACAAAAGCUCUGCAGGCCUGUACAGUAUAUAUUUAAACCAAGAGGAAGUUGAAUGAUGUAUAGAGUGUAUAUAUUUUCAUGAAAAGGAGAGAAAGCUCAAUACUGAAAUUGUGGUGAUUUAAAGACAGAACAUAGAACUGAUUUCAUGUGGUUUUCACAGCUUGUGCACAAUGCAAAUGAAAGGAGUUAGGCGGAAAAAAUAGUGAUAGGAAAAAUACUUUCUAAGCUUUUUUCUUUCCACAUGGUCUGUUAUUGUGACUCUUAAACACUUUUGCAUUUUCUAUGCUUGUGCCUCAUCCUACCCGAGGUAUGUGGCUUAUGCUGAGUUAUGUUUAAUCGGUUAUUUUAAGUGACCUUCAGUAACUUGCAACUUGAAUUUUUAAGAUUAUUCUAGUUAAUUUUCUAUUUGUUCUUAGCAAUGUCUGAAAGAUGCAGUAUUUUUUUAUUUAAAUGCUAUGUAGGUAAGCAUCUUUUUGUAUGCUUGAUCAUAUAAUACUUAAAUUAUGACAUAGAUUUAGUCAGCAGUUGACUGAAUGAAAACUCUUUCCAUGUUGUAGUAAUCUUUCAAUGUUGUCAGCAUGACUCGAAGUUGUAAAACAGAUAUUAUAUGUAAUAGCUAUCUGUUACAGAAGGUUAUUUGUAACAGAGAUAUCUGCAGGUGUCAUGGGUUGGGAUUCUGUUAUGAAUGUUGUUUAUAUGGUUUGGCACUUAAAUGAGUUUUCAUUGUAGAUCUUAAGUAGCUCUGUAUAAACAAAGAGAUAAAUCAUACAUAAGCCCCAGAAUACUAUCUGUUUCCAGCACAAGUGUGCAGAAAAAAAAAUCCUAACUGCUAAUGAUUUUUUUUUGUGAUUUGAAAUGUUAAAUCUGUGAAGACUGAUUUUU